GUGCGGGGUUCCCUGGCCCCUUUGGCAGGGGUAAAACAAUAAGAGGGGGCGGUGGCAAAGGGGGCGGGACGUCCGUGUUCCUUGUCGUUCGCCGCAGUCCCUGGCGCCCGGGAAGAAGUGGUUGUGAGCGAAACACGCUCACUGCAAUCGUGUUCCUGAGGCUUUAGGUUUAUUGGUGGGAGGCAGCGGCAAGCAGAAGAAAUCUUCUGCAGCUGCGUCUCGGCGACUCUCCUGCUGACCUCCGCGCGACGUACCCGCCGCCGCUGUUGGUUGGAGCAUUUGACAUUGUGCAGCAAAGAAAUGGUUAUGGAGAAGCCGAGUCCGCUGCUUGUAGGGCGGGAGUUCGUGAGGCAAUAUUAUACUUUGCUGAAUAAAGCUCCAGAAUAUUUGCACAGGUUUUAUGGCAGGAAUUCUUCCUAUGUUCAUGGUGGAGUAGAUGCUAGUGGGAAGCCCCAAGAAGCUGUUUAUGGCCAAAAUGAUAUACAUCACAAAGUAUUAUCUCUGAACUUCAGUGAAUGUCAUACAAAAAUUCGUCACGUGGAUGCUCAUGCAACCUUGAGUGAUGGAGUAGUUGUGCAGGUCAUGGGUUUGCUGUCUAACAGUGGACAGCCAGAGAGGAAGUUUAUGCAAACCUUUGUUCUGGCUCCUGAAGGUUCUGUUCCAAACAAGUUUUAUGUUCACAAUGAUAUGUUUCGUUAUGAAGAUGAAGUGUUUGGAGAUUCUGAACCUGAACUUGAUGAAGAAUCAGAAGAUGAAGUGGAAGAAGAACAAGAAGAAAGGCAACCAUCUCCUGAACCUGUACAAGAAAAUGCCAAUAGUGGUUACUAUGAAGCUCACCCUGUGGCCAAUGGCAUAGAAGAACCUUUGGAAGAAUCUUCUCAUGAGCCUGAACCUGAGCCUGAAUCUGAAACAAAGGCUGAAGAACUGAAACCACAAGUGGAGGAGAAAAACUUAGACGACUUAGAGGAGAAGUCUACUUCUCCCCCUCCUGCAGAGCCUGUUUCCCUGCCACAAGAACCACCAAAGGCUUUCUCCUGGGCUUCAGUGACCAGUAAAAACCUGCCUCCUAGUGGUACUGUUUCUUCCUCUGGAAUUCCACCCCAUGUUAAAGCACCAGUCUCACAGCCAAGAGUUGAAACUAAACCAGAAGUUCAGUCUCAGCCACCUCGUGUUCGUGAACAGCGACCCCGGGAAAGACCUGGCUUUCCUCCUAGAGGACCAAGACCUGGCAGGGGCGAUAUUGAACAGAAUGAAUCUGACAGCCGUAGAAUAAUCCGCUAUCCAGACAGUCAUCAACUCUUUGUUGGUAACUUGCCACAUGAUAUUGAUGAAAAUGAAUUGAAAGAAUUUUUUAUGAGUUUUGGAAACGUUGUGGAACUUCGCAUCAAUACCAAGGGUGUUGGGGGAAAGCUUCCAAAUUUUGGCUUUGUGGUUUUUGAUGACUCUGAACCAGUUCAGAGAAUCUUAAUUGCAAAACCAAUUAUGUUUCGAGGGGAAGUACGCUUAAAUGUGGAAGAGAAAAAAACAAGAGCAGCAAGAGAGCGGGAAACCAGAGGUGGUGGUGAUGAUCGCAGGGAUAUACGGCACAAUGAUCGAGGCCCUGGUGGUCCACGUGGAAUAGUGGGUGGUGGCAUGAUGCGAGACCGUGAUGGAAGAGGACCUCCCCCAAGAGGUGGCAUGGCACAGAAACUUGGCUCUGGAAGAGGAACUGGGCAAAUGGAAGGCCGCUUCACAGGACAGCGUCGCUGAAGUUCCACUGUUGGCAAAGCCUUGGCGCAGUGGUACAUUAUCAUCGUGUUUGCAUUCUUGUUAAUUUUUUUUUUUUUUUUUUUUUGGCUUUGGAAUGUGACACAGCCUUUUUUAUCAUUUCUUUGAUGUGAAAAGCAUCUUUUGGUUAUCAGUUAAAUUGAAGUGGACAUUAUUUCCCCAAUUUCACAACAGGAGUCACAUGGUUAACUUAUAAAACUAGACUUGGAGAAUUACAGACUGAGAAAUGACCAUAUCUUAAUCUACAACAAAAUGAACUUAAAAGGACAGAUCCAACUGAAUUCAGGCCCUUUGCGUUUUAAAAACAAAUCUUCCGCUGCACAUUUUGUUUUAAGUGUUACUGUUUCUGCCUAUUAAUGUUGGAAACACAAAUAGUGUGCAAUUUGUGCAAUUGGAGAAUCUUGCCCUUUUUUUUUCCUCUUGGCUCCCCCCAGAAAUACAAAUGAACAGAAACUUGUUAUCCACUCAUCAGAAUGUACUAAUGGGUACUCUCAACUCAUUACUAUUGACAUCUGCAACAAGAGGCAACAGGGGGGAAAAAAUUCAUCAUCUUUUCCAGUAGAGAAUAGUUGUGAAAGAAAUGAGGGCAUUUUAUCUGCUUGCUGUGACCAGCGUGUGUACACAUAAACCUUAACAAGACUACAAGUAUAUUCCAGAAGGAAGUCAUUUAGUCAUGAACUAAAUAACACAUAAUUCAGAACUUCAAAACUAUGGUCUUUGAAUAUUAGACCAGGUUUAAUAGCUCCAUAACUAAGAUUUUUCUACCUGCCCCUCUUCAGUACAGGGAUGGCUGGCUGCUCAACACACUCCUCCUACCCCUUUUCCUUUCUUUAAGCUGUGUACAGUGAAAAUUGUCUUUACUGUAUUUUUGUUCUCUGGUAAUGUAAUAAGCAUGAUGGUGCCUUCUAUUAAUACAUCAUUCCAGUCUUGCUGGUAAUUUUUGUACAGUAUAGUGUAUGAAUUGCUGUGCUGCAAAGCCAAACAGCUGCAAAAUAUUGAAAAAUCAUUGAAGUGUAUAAAAAUUGCAGUAUCUUUAAAAUCAGUAAAAUUAACUAGCAUAUUAUUUACUUCGUUUUUUUGUUAACAAUGUUGUGUUCUCUGUUCGGGGGAGUUGUGUGUUUGGGAGGGAAAGGGAAGUAGGAAGUCAACUUUUUGAGUAUGACUCUAGUUGACUUUCUCAACAAGAAUUUGAACAUUGAAGUGUAUGACUUGAGAGGUGCUUUGAAAAGUCAGUCAACGUGAUGUACAGUUUUAGUGACAUUUUAAAAGCAGUCAGAUUCCAUAAAUGGCAAGUAAGCCUGAAUAGAGGAUACUGCAAUUUUCACAGCAGCUCUUUAAGUGUUCGAAUUUUCUACUGGGGGCAGGGAACUGUCAUUCAUUUUGCACAAUUCUUGAACUGAUGUCAGCACCCGAGUGGCUCUAAAUUUAAGUCUGGGAUGACAUCUUUUAUUUUUACAUGAAUCUUUAAACAAUUCUGUGAGCAACGUUUGUAGCUGCUGGAUUAUUGUCUGUCUUUAUAGCAAGCUCCAGUAAAUCACAGGUAUGGUGAAGGAUAUCUAAUUUUAUGCUUGGAGCAUGCAGUACGUACCAGUUUCUGAUGUUUUGGGUUAGGAGUGGGAUAAAUAAGUGUGACUAUUAAAGCUGCUUUGUUAGCAUGGAAGACUUCUCCAUUCUAUAUUGGUUAAAAACAAAUUGCAGUUGCCCUAUUUGCAAAUUAGAUAGGAAUUAAUUGUGUAACUGUACUGUCUAGUAAAUUAGCAAAUGAUAACAUUUUAUUUUUCAUGUUCUGGGCAAUAUGAUUAAAGUGAAAUCUUUUUUUCUCCCUUUAAUGAGGUCUUCCAUGUUUGAAGAAAAGUUGUAUUGCACUAUUGGAUAUAGUUUUGAGGACACAUAUUUCUAUUUUUUGAGUUUAAAGAUUUUUUUUUUUCAUCUGUUUGAAAGUUUUACAUAUUCAGAUGUUAGGUAUAGUACUUGAAGUUUUCACUAGAAGCUUACUUUUGAGUUUUGAAGCCUUUAUUCAAACUGCUUUUAAAUAAGUGGCUUAUUGUCAGUGUUCUUACCCCUUUACCCCCAAAAUUAGUGGGGUAUUUUUGUUCUUGUUGUUGUUUCUUUCCAUCAUAUCUAUAUAUAAAAUGUUUAGACUCCUUCCCUCCUUAUCCCAUGUAUUGCCCUGCUACUCAUAAAACUAUAUAACUAUGUUUUGGCACCAAAAGUAAUGACAGAUAACUAAGUGUAAUGAAAAAUUAGAGCAAAGAGCCAUUCAGCUUCAGUCUUUACAUACCGUGAAUAAAACAUCAUACGGAGAAGUUUACAUGGUGAUUGUUCACCUGCAGUACUGUGGACUUUUAACAUUAUGUCCCCCUUUCAGUGAAACAGAGCAAAAAUAAUCAUCUACCAUUACUGUUAUUUGCUGAUUUUGGUUUUUUGUUUGUUUUUGGGGGUUUUUUUUUGAUGGUAAUAAUCUAUCCUUUUGACACUAUUGCAACCAAAUUGACUUUACCAUCUUGGCUUUAGUAGGUAUAGAAGAUAAUGGAUUACCAUCUUUAUUGCUGUAAUGUGUUAAGCAUUAUAUGCUAGUAGAAUCUAGUUCAUUGUUUUAGGUGGAAAGUAUUCUUUGGGUUUCCAUUUUGAAUGUGUUUGGACUAAACAUACAAUAAACUACUGAUGUCUGCAGCAUUUAUUUAUCUAUGUCCCUAA